CUCUGUUAAUAACUCAGGAGAGAAGAUUGGGUAUUUCUAUUUUGUUGUUUUAACAUGGCUUCCACUGCAAGAGCUUACUGGAGAAAUUUGGUUUCAAGGUACAGGAAUUCAAUACCAUUUUUCAAGUCUAGCCAAGUGAAGAGUAAGCAGUAUCAUCAUGCAGUAGGCCAGAACAGGGAAACUCUUGAAAAACCACAGGCCUUGAGAUUAGUGAAACCUGAGUUUUUCCCAGUAUAUGCCCUAUUUGGGUUGGUCCUCCUACAGUUAUCCAUGGGUUUGAUAAACAUGAAGCAAGUACUGAUGCAUUGUCCUAGUGUGUAUGUGGACAAGAAGAAGAGAAAGACAAUACCAGAAGUAGUAGAACCUGACAUUGUGGUUAAAAUGUCAGAGGACUUUUAUAACAAGAGCUGGUUCAGGCGACUUGGGCAGAUUGUUAAAAAAGAUUCUGAACUUGCCAAAUUAAUGCCUUGGAUACUUGAACGAGAUACCAAGAAGAAACCUGUUAGAGUCUCUCAAGUCAGUUGGAGUGCAGAUAUGAAUAUGGGAAAGAGUGAAUAUGAUACAGUCUUCAUAAUGCAUGAUAGUAUAUAGUGGUGGUGGUGUAUAAACUAGUUUUUUUUUUAUAGUUUGGGCCUUUUUCCCCCUGGUUCUGGCUUUUGGUUUUGUUUUGCUUUUUUCAAUUUCAUAUUUGUGAGAUUUGUUUUGUUCCUCUUCCUGGCUGCUGUCGCCUUCAUAACUGCUUUGUAAUGGGUCUGGACCCUUCCCAUAUAUUUACCUUAGAUCAAAAUGUUUGUAAUGGGUCCGGAUCCUUCCUUUGUAUUUAUGGGUCCGGACCCUACGUUUGUAGUAGAUAGCAAAUUGGUCUGAAUACCUAGAAUGGUGUAUUGAAAAAAAAAAUAUUGCUAAAUUGUAUAUUCAAAAUAAAUGUACGUUUGUAA